AGCCAUCUUACUGACAUGUAAGUAAAACAGGAGAAUCAAAGGAACCAAAAGGAAAUUUUCCUGUGCUUAGACCGUUGGAAUCUCAGAAAUCCAAACCUUUAGGUAUCUUGACAUCUGGAAAAGGAAUAUACUACACUUUUCUUUUUAGAAAGCUUAAUUUAAGAAGAUGCUUGGAGAAGCCUUCCUGAUUGAACUCCUAUAUAAAGAACAGAAAUAUACAAAUUUUUGCAAAUCAUUUACAUAUAAGAAUACCUCAAAUGAUGAAAAGGAAACUUGCAAAAGUAAACUUCUAGAUAUAGAAGACAAUUCACUUUCCUCUGUGAAGAUGGAAAAUCAAGAAAAGUGUAUGAAAAAGUGUUUAACAGAACAAAGUAAUGAUACAAGUCAUGUGGAUGAUGUAACUACAGCAAUGUGCAAAGGUACGCCUCUUCCAGGAAAUGUGUCCAUUGCAUUACCCAUUCCAAAGAGAGAACAACAUGAUGAAGGACAACUGGAUUUAUAUCGCUCCUGGUCAUGUACAAGAAUUUGCCAGAAUUAUCCUGACCUACAGAUUGGAGGUGAUCAUGUGGGCAACAUGUAUGAUUCAGGCUGCUUUGUAGAACACACACAUGAUGAUGUUUUUAAUGGUCCCCUUUUGCUUUCAGUGGAUAUACCACUGGGUCAUUCACCUAUCACUGAGCCUGUAGAGAAACUACCAGCCUCAAAAUUAUUGAAUGGGGAUGAAAUACGAGAAAAAAGUAUCUUGUUUCAUAAGCAGCCCCUCUCCAACUCUAUGCUUAACAGUUAUAUGGAAAAAAAGGUGGAUGAACUCUAUAAACAAUUUUUGGAAGAAAAUCUCACCAGGUGCCGCUCUAUAACCAAUCUUAUGGCUUCCAAUUUGCUAAUGAAUAAUGUAAAUCAGAUUAGCCUUCAGAUCUCUCAAGAACAGAACAUAGAAGCAUCAAAAGCUCGGGAAGCUCUCCUACAUUCUUUAGCACGAUGUAACCUCCGGAACACUUCCGAUAGAAACAGUUCUGAAUUCAGCACUCCUAACUUACAAAUAUCAAAUCAGACAAGUAGGGAACUUAUAUAACAUCUACAGUAGGGACCAACAAUAUGUUUGUAGGAUUGACUGAAGAGACUUCAGUAGCAAUAACCAUUGUUACAUUUUUGGGGAAAUGAUUUGACCUAUGGUAAUCUGAAUUAUUGUGGGAGACAACUAAGCUUUGUAAUUGCAAUUUUUAUUGUUUUGAUUCCUUUAUUGUUGGUCACAUUUGAGUUUGUAUGCUUUGUAUGUGCUUACCUAUGUAUUUACCACUGAUACCUCAAAUUCUUUACCUCACUGUCAUUUAGCUUUAUUUAUCACAAAGUAGGAUGAAAAGAGCAUUAUUGAGCUAAGCUACUGAAAGGUCUUUUAGAAGCUAUAUCAAAAAGGAGGAUUUAUCUCUCCACAAAAAAAUACAGCACGCCGGUUGCAACGCACCAGCCGUAGUGGCCACUUGGGGGGUGAACCAACGGAAAAAGGAAGACCUUUCUCUCUCUCUCUCUCUCACUGUCUAACUCUGCCUGUCGAAAAAAAAAUGAGUACUACUUAAAUAUCAUUACUUUUAUUUUCAACAUGCAAGAUCUUUUACAAUACAAUUGGAGUAGCCUAUAAAUUACUGUAUACAGGGAAGUUUAAAAAGUUCAUGGAAAGUGGAAUUAAAAGAUGCUUAUUUUGGUGUGAAAUUUUUGAAAUUCAUGUAUAAUUUUUAAUAACACACAUUUCUAUGAAUUAAAAGCACACACACACAUACACACAUACCCCCCCACACACACACCAUUGACCAUUGGGGUGUAGGGACAUACACAAGGAAAUACUUUUAAGAAAAGUAGAAUUAAAUGUAUUUGAUAUAUAGAGGGAGGUCUUAAGGAAACAUGUAGAAUGUACCAGUGCCAUUUGUAUUGAAACUUAAUUCUUCUGAACUUUUAUGGAACAAACAUCAGUUUUUUGUAUCAUUAUAUAUAUACCUGGUUGUUUCGAGUAAUGAGAGGAAGGAAAGCAUACAAGUAAAGUAAGUCAGCAAAGUAUAUAGAAAAUCACAAUCUAGAAAUGAGACUCUCUAGCCAACAUUAUACACUUCUCAGAUUAUCAUGAAUUAUGGUCCUGGCUUAGAAUAAAAGUUAGAAGGGUGUGAUGAAAAUUUUGGAAUCCAACUUAAAUAAAUUAACUAUGCUAAAGAAAUGGUGUUAUAGCAGGCCUGGAACCAAGAUCCCACACUUAAUAGUUCACAUUUCUCUUAGAAAUAACAAAUUGGUGGGAAUGCAUUUUUUCUUGUAAAAUAAAAUGUUUCGGGUUUCUGUUAUGGAGUUGUUAUGAUUGCAUUAUAUAUUAAGAUUUGCACAUUAGUAAUCACAUAUUUCCCUCCAAUUAUCUCUUUGGUUUUUGAUUAAUUUUUAUAGAAUGAAUAACCUUAAUGUUCUCACAAUUUAUUCACUUUGAUCACAUGAUACUUAGUUUAUUUUCACUCUUCAAAUUUCUGUGAUUGAUUAAUAAGCACCUCUGAUUUAUCUUCUGUCUUGUUUUUCAUCAAUCUUUUCCCCAUUUACCUUUCCUAUAGUAUUUCCAAUCGAUUUCCAUCAUUCACUUGAGUAAGGGCUUUGGAAAAACUCACUUAGCAUUUUGCAGAUAGUGAAAAACAGUUGUAGAUAUUGUUUUCUAUACUGUUACAUUUGCCCAUUUUUAAUGAGUUAUCAAAAUGAUAAAAUAUUUAUGUUAAAAUUUCUAUUUUCUAAAUGAUUUAAAUGUUGUUGGGCAACAUGAAUAGUUUUCAUAUGUAUAGUGAUAGAUAUUAAUACUUUAUGAAGCAUAUAUACUUGUAAAUAGUAUUGAGACUACCAAGUAUUACAUAAAAGCAAUAGUAUUUAUCUAGCAUUAAAUUUAGAAAUGUAUCUAAUUAUAUUCUCAUAUUUAAGAUUUCUCCCUCUUGUCUAGGCUUCUUCCCUCUUAUCAAAAUACUUAUUACCUAAAGAUAUUUAUGGUUAAGAUGUUCUAAAAAUUUAAUGUAACAAAUAAUGAAAUAUGAUGUCUUUGGUGUUGUUUAUAAUAACCUCAUACCUGCUGAUUUCAGCGCUUGAAUGAAAUAUGUAUAUAAUGCUGUUAUUUAGCAGUUUGGAUUUAGUGGUCAUUCUUCAUUCCACUUAUACCAUGGGUAUCAUUUAUAAGACCAUAUUUUACUCUUUCAAAAAUUGUUUUUGGAAAUGUAUGGAAUAAUGAAUUUUUUCCUGUCUCAUUUUUGCAGUAAAGUAUUUGUUCUGUGCUUCUAUGAAUAUGGUGGAUGUUAGUGAUUCAGCAGCUGGGAAGGAUCGUCAUGUUUCUUGACAGGAAAGCAGUUGAGAAAGUUAAUAAUGAUCUUCAAUGAAGUGCUGCUCCCUGCCUGUUUAGCUCAGUUUAAUUUACAUGCCCUUUUUGGGGAUAUGAGGGUACUGUUGUGGGGCCAAGAGUGGUUUGAUUCAGUCUAGGGUAAUUUUCUGUCAAAAGGGUCCAUGAAACAUUGCAACCUAUUCGAGGGAUAGUGUCUAUACUGGAUUUCUGGAAUUUUGGGGCUUGGUGUGACACAAGGUUUGGGCUUCAAAAGAAAACAAUCUCUUGAGAUUAAUACUAGAGCUAACAUCAAGAAGGGCCAUUCCAAAUUAUAAACAUGCUUUAUGUAUCUUACUAAAGCUGGUUUUAGAAUGUAGAGAAAUAAAGUUAAGUAGUGACUAUUUUGGGAUCAGGAAUAAAAUAUUAACAUUAUUAUAUAUUGUAUUAAUAGAUGAUAUGUGGUUGGAUGAGUGGUGUAGGGGUGGCUUGAUUAGGAUUAAUAUGUGGAAUAAAUUGGAAUAAUUAUGCA